AUGAUAUUUUUAUUUGCUAUAAUAAUAAUAGUUAUUUCUGGUAAUGAUAUUAAUUAUAAUUGUGAAAUUUUAAAUUUUUCUAAUAAAAAAGGAAUAUUGACGUCUCCAUUAUUCCCUCAACCAUCUAAUCCAAAAACUUGUAAUAUUUAUCAGAUUGUAGCGCCUGAUAAUUAUUCAAUAAAAUUAUACUUCUCUUAUUUUUUAUUUUUACCACGAUCGCCUAGAUGUACUGAUUAUAUUAGAAUUUAUACAAAUGUCAAUACAACAGAAAUUUCUAAAGAUACAGAAUCAUUUUCAGAAUAUUGUAGUAAUGAAAUAUUUUCAAAUAUUACAUUUAUAUCAAAAUAUAAUUAUAUGUAUAUUUUAUUUUUAUCAGAAACAGGAAAAUCACAUGGAUUUGUAGCACAUUAUAAUUUACUUGAUAAUGCUAGUUAUAAACAAAAUGCUUUACAAUAUAGUGAUUAUGAAUUUGAGACUUAUGGACUUAAAGGAAAUUUAUAUUCUCCAAAUGCUCCAUAUUAUCCUCCAAAUAAUAUUUUGGUACAUUAUUAUAUUCCAGCUAUUGAUGGUAAAAAUUUAAUUGUUAAUAUAACAUUUUUUGAUUUUCCAAAUGAUUCUUGUGAAAGUGAUUAUUUGUUGGUAAAAAAUUUACGAACCAAAGAAUUAAUUGAAAAAAUUUGUAGUGGUUUUAAAUAUCCUUUAUAUUAUAUUUCAUCAAUAGGAUUUCAAAUUGAUUAUAAAACAGGAAAAAAUACAUUAAAUACAUUAGGUUUUAGUUUAACUUUUGAACAUCAACAAUUAGAAUUUAGUAAUAUUAGUAAUGAUACAUCUUUUAUUACUAACAAAAAUAAUAGUUUAUUUAAAAUAUUUGAAAAAACAGAUAAUUUUCCAUCCAUUGACAAUAUUGUUUGGUAUGAAUUAACAAUGUUAGCAGCUUCACUAAAAAUAGAUAUCCAGGCAAUUGCACCUCAAUCACAAUUUUUAUUUUCUAUUAACAGUAAUUUAAAUAAUGAAAAAAGCAACAGAAUUUGUCCUAUCAAAAUUAUAUCAUCAAAAGCUGCUAAUGAGGCUAAGAAAAAUGAAGAUAAUCAACAAAUUGUAUAUAAAGAAGGAAUAUUUGACUCUCAAGUACAUGGAUUAUCUAAUCAAAAAUGUCAUAUUUUAUUUAUUGGUGCUGUUGGAGAGUAUGUUCAAUUGACAUUUACAAAAUUUAAUUUAGAAGUUGGGUUAUCUGAUUACAAUGUAAAUGAAACUAAAGGAUGUCAAGAUCAUGAUCAUAUUGGUGUUCAUGUUUUAAUAGGAUCAAGAAUGUCUAAAAUAAAUGAUUUUUGUGAAUCUCAAGAACCACCUCAAUUAAUGUCACCUAAAAAUAUUAUUGCAAUUGAGUAUAUUCCAAGAGAAUCUGAUGUAUUACGAAGUCAGAUGUCAAAUCAUGGUUUUCAAUUAAAAUAUAGAUUUUUAAAUGAUAUUACUGAAACUAUUAAUAUGGACGCUAUUAGAGAUACUUCAAAAAAAUGUGCUUUUAUAUUUAAUAUGUCAAAUCAUGAAUCUGGAACAAUGAUGUCAAUAAAUUAUCCAGGAUAUUAUCCUAGAAAUUUAGAAUGUGAAUAUAUAUUUAUUGCACAGGAUGGAUAUGUUGUGGCUAUUAAUUUCGAUUAUUUUGAUGUAGAAGGUUUUGCUGGUUGUGAAGAUUCAACACAAUCUGACUAUGUUUUAUUUAGUAAUUACAAAACAGUUGAUAGAACAAAUAGAAGAUUUUGUGGAAAAACAAAGCCAAAUUCUGUAAUAUUAAGUGAAUCAAAUUACUUCAGGAUGUUAUUUAAAACUAACGACAUUUUUGAUGCAACAGGCUUUUAUGCUCAUUAUCAAUUUUUAAAUACCCAAGAAAGUAACACAAGAAUAAAAUUUUCUGUUCCCGUUUUAUCUAAUAAUGAUAAUAAUUACAAUAUUUUUAACAAAAUAUUAACUUUUAUUCUUUUUAUCAAAAUAUUAUUAUUUAUCAUUUUUUAA